AUGGCACGGAAACUGAGCCAUCAGAGGGUCACGUAUGUGCUUCCUCUGCCCGAUGCCCCCGGUGGGCACCGGCUGGGGGUCAAUGGCCUGACCCUUGACCGGCAAAACUCCAUCCUGUAUUCCGCUGGCCGCGACGGUGUCAUUUGCUCGUGGGACCUCGACUUCCCCCUGACGCCGCUUUCUUCGGCGAAUCCCUUCUCGUCUUCCAAUCGCAAACCGGGCCCGACUCGAUUCAAGACACAGGUGCAGGCACACAGCCACUGGAUCAAUGACAUUGUCUUAACCGAGAACAAUUCGGCACUUGUCUCAGCCUCCUCCGAUACCACAGUGCGGCUGUGGCGCCCACAUUCAGAGUCCAAGGAGGUCCCUGAGCGCAUUGGGAAGCAUACCGACUAUGUAAAGGCUUUAGCGAGUCCCGGCGGCCAGGCCAGUUGGGUCGCGUCCGGUGGGUUGGACCAUAAACUCUACCUGUGGGAUUUGAAUGGCGGCGGGGAGAUUCUGAACAUCGAUGCCGGUGGCGAUGAUACUACCGAGAAGGGCUCGGUUUACGCGCUGGGCGCGGUCUCAUCUGUGCUUGCCAGCGGUGGUCCGGAGAACGUUGUGCGGGUAUGGGAUCCUAGGUCGGGCAAGUUGGUCACCAAGUUUGUGGGCCAUACCGACAACGUACGGGAUAUUUUGAUCAACCAGACUGGCGACACCAUUAUGACUGCCUCCUCGGACGAGACCAUUAAGAUUUGGUCGCUAACCGCCGGCCGCUGCAUGAACACAUUGACCAUGCACAACGAUAGUGUGUGGUCUCUCUACUCCGACCAUCCGGAUCUUUCGGUCUUCUAUUCGAGCGAUCGAUCAGGCCUGGUCGCAAAAACAGAUACGCGCAACUCUCCGGAUCCCGAACAAGGUACUUGUGUGGCUGCUCUGCAGGAACAUGAGGGUGUUGUGAAGGUAGUGGCUGCUGGUGAUUUUAUCUGGACUGCUACGCCCAAGUCCAGCAUCAACCGGUGGCGCAAUGUCGAUACCGAGCUCGAGAUCGAAGCGCCGCCUGACCCAGCACGCACGAUCGAGUCGGCUACGACCGAGCCAGCAAAGUCGUCUGAAAAUGGACCGAAGAAAAUCCCCUUCAAUUCUGCCCUACAACUGUCUGCUGCUUCAACACUACUAGGUAAUUCGCCAUUCUCAAGUGCGAGCUCUUCCGAAACAGGCCUGGGACCAGAUCCUGGUCUCACAAUUCCGAUUCAUUCACUGCCAGAGGAAAGCAUUGAGGGCCAGCAUGGCCUGAUCAAGUGUUUGAUGCUCAAUGAUCGAAAGCGCACCCUUACGCAAGAUUCGGCUGGUGAGGUGGUGCUUUGGGAUUUGUUAAAGUGUCUUCCAGUACAAGAGUUUGGCAAGCGUCAUCUAGAUGACGUGGCUACCGAGCUCAAUACAACUGAAAGCAUCUCCCAUUGGUGCACGAUCGAUGUCCGGACCGGCAGGCUGUCUGUCAUUCUCGAGCCCAACCGCUGUUUCGAUGCGGAGGUGUAUGCAGAUGAAGCCGGUUUGUCUGAGGCUGAAAUGUCGCAGUUCCGAGAUGAUCAAAGAAUCAAUCUUGGAAAGUGGAUCUUGCGUUGGCUUUUUGCCCCUCUGGUUGAUGAAGAAAUUCGACGCGAUAAUGAAUAUCGUGAGACUGCAGUGGCGAAAGCGGAAGAGUUGGCCAAACUGAACCCAGCCCUGGGCUCGUCGGCACCGGGAGAUGAUAUCCCCCGUAGCCUUGGGAUCCCCAUUUCCACCGACGGCUCCGCGGGUACCUUGCGACCUGGCAUGGACUUCCCUGGGAGCCCCAGCACGACCGGCGGCUUUGGCAUCCACAUCGGCACUCCAUCCUCAGCCAAUUACCUCAGCACUUCUAUGCAGAGCAAUUCACCAUUCCCAAAUUUUGAGCCUGAGACACCGGGUUCGGUGCAGGGACAUCAAGAUGGCGUGCCUUCUUCUUUCUCGGAUAGAUCGGAUUACUUUUCAAGACUCCCUAACCCGCCUCAGUCGGAUGACAAACUGCCCAUGUCUCCCUCUGACUCUGGAAUACCGCAAUCCCCAGCCGAGCCUGAUAAAGAAGAGCGCAAGAAGGGCGGUUCAUUAUUCGGAAAAAAGUUCCGCAUGGAUAUCAAGAAGCUGGGUCGCACCUCUACAGAUGCCAAACCAAUGAUCCAAGAGGAAAAAAUUGAGGAAUCAGAAGUUUCCUCAAUCAAGGAAGAGAAGACGUACGAGUCCAACAUCAACGGCGUUAUCGAGAAAAUCCGUGACGACUAUGAGGAAUUCCUAUCCGCGAACCCCGGCCAGGAACUGGUCACAACUGUUACCCCUAGUCUGGAGACCGAAACUCCUCGACUCACCAUUCCUCCUCGCACAGCGGUAUUUAUUCAAGAAGAGACUGGCGAUACUGCCGUGGCUUCGGACCUCUAUCGGGGUAGUGUGCAGCAUAUUGGACAGGAUAUCGAGCGGCUAGAAAAGGCCAUUCCCUACUGGCUUGGCGAGCUCCUCUUGAAGAAUCAAAUUCCGUUUAAGGAACAGGCCAAGGUUGCCUUUGUCUUGAAGCCUUUCGACGAUACUUUGCCACCCGUGGUGAAGCCAGAACUACCAACUGCGAGCAGCGGACCUCCACCCAAUGGAGUCAACAACAGCUCCCGCCUGAAUGCCAACCGCAUGCUGCGUGCAAAGAAGGUUCUGGCUUACGUAGCGGAACGCAUCGACCCUCCCAAUCCUGAUGAGCCCGAGGCCAAUGUGAUGCCGCCGGAGGAAUACCUGGAACUCUAUUGCCAAAAGAUGCUGGUGCCACCCAACAUGACCCUGGCUACGAUGCGAACCCAUCUGUGGCGUACCUCUGGUGAUAUGAUCCUCCACUACAAGACAAACGGAAAGAAGGAGAUCCGACCGCCGCCAUCUUUGCUCGGCCACAGCGAGAACCAUGUGGUCCCCAGUGAUCCUACAACGCCUAACGCUACGAAUGGUGAAGCUACGGCACCUCCUGGUAGCAUCCAUUCGAUGACCAACUCCGGGUCGGUCUCCGGCUCAAUUGCUACUUGA